GCAUGCACAAUCGCUCAACAAUGACCUCUCGGCAAUCGUAAGAUUGGUAGAGGUACUUUGCAUUGCAAUUGACCCUGACGAUGCCGAUCACGCACCUAAGGUUCAGGGUUCCAGCCAAGCAGAUCGCACUGCCGAUCUUGCGGCGGGCUGCUGCUGUCCACACGCAUCUAUGUCAGAUCUGUGACGCAGUCGUGAGCAUCACCAUGAUACAACUACGGUUCAGCUACACCUAUAUUCUGCGUGACUGUACCACCUGCAAUCCUUCUUGAUGCGCUUCCUUCGAAACUUCAUUACGAGUCUAGGGAGAAGACGUUACGCACAGGUUCACGACGUCAGAGUUGAAUACUCGAGAUACCCUGCGAAAGACAUACUCGAGAAGGAAUCAGGUAGAGAGGAUAUGUCGCAAUCACUUAAUGUAUUCAAGAAGCCCCUCUCCCUCCACUCCACACAGCCCUUAACAGGCUUCACCCGCUCGGGCUACUGCGAAGCGCCCAAGUCCGAUCACGGCAACCACAGCAUCGCCGGCAUUGUCACAAACGAGUUCCUCGACUACAGCGCCGCACAGGGCAACAACUUGCGCGACAUUGGGCUUACCGACGGCUGCAAGUGGUGCCUAUGCGUUUCUCGCUGGAAGGAGGCGUUUGAGAACAGGACGGGCGAUGAUGAUAAGAAGGUGCCCAAGGUAGUGUUGAAGGCUACGAAUCAAAGGGCGUUGGAGAGCGUGGAUAUGGAUAUGCUGAAGAAGUUUGCGAUUGAUAAGGAGGACAAGUGACUUGAGAAGCUCUGAUGUGGUAUACGACGGACACUGUCAUUAUACGAAUGUACAAGCUCAAAUUGAUAGUCUAAGCAGCGGCACAUGUUACUGUUGUACUGCGGAAUACACACAGUAAAGAAACGAGA